AUGUCAAAAGUAAUCAAAACAACUUUAAUUUUGACACAUUUAAUAAUAAUUUGUUCGUCACAAAACGCGACCUCAUCAACUUCAACAUUCGUGGUUGCGAUAAUUUUAAGAGGAACAUUUAAGUGUGCCGGAACAAUCAUUUCACAAAGUCACAUUUUAACACAAGCAAAUUGUUGUUUCGAAAAUUCAAUGUUAAUCGAACCAAAAAAUUUAAUGGUUAUCACCGGAACUCCAAAAUGGGACGUGGAAAGGCGCCGAUACGUUUCAAAAUGCGUCACCCACGAAAACUUUUAUCACCAUUCCAACGAAACCGAAAAAAAAUUCGAUAUCGCUAUUUUAGUUUUGGAAACCCCUUUAAUUUUAGAUGCGAAAGUAAACGUUGUUAAAUUAGACGCUUUUACAGCUAAUUUUAAUAAAUUAAUUCAAGGAAAAGUCGCUGUUUGGAAAAAACCAGAACUCGAAGACGAUCAAGAAAAAUUACAAGAAAUUAAUCCAAGUAUCUUAACAGAUUUAAACGUGAAUAUUUUAGCCAAAGAAGAUUGCAAAACGCUUCAUAAAAAGAUAAUCGAAGAUUAUUAUUUUUGCGUUUCUUUAAAAUCAGGGGAUUAUUGCGAGGGGGGAACGGGAGGGCCGCUUUUAAUCGGCGACAAUAAUCGUAUUGUGCAAGUUGGGAUUAUAGAUUAUAAUGAUGAUUUUUGUAAAAAUUCAUUGCCUCAAUUAUUUUAUGGGACUUCUUAUUAUUACACUUGGAUUAGAAAUGAAAUUCGAAAAUUGGAAUUAAGCAAAAAAAGGAGUACUUCGUGGAGAAAAAGAACUAGGUUUUAUGCAACAACGACGGAAUUAAUUAAUAAAAAUCUACUUGGAAUAGAAAUCAUAUUACAAGCUGAUACACUUCGUAGCAACGUAGCGAAAUUAAAGAGAAUAUUGAGACAAGAAUGUAAACUCAGAUGUCAUAACGUUUACAUGAUUAGCAGGACUUCUUUAUCGGCUGAAAAAUUUCAGUAA